UUUCCUCGUCGCAGUAGUCUCUUGCCUUCAGCACAAAAACCAGGAGACACUACUUUUGAAGACGAGUUACAUUUGCUAUCACCAGUACACCCCCUGCAACCGCAGUUUUCCAAUAGAAACAGCAACAUUUGUUUGGGUCUACGUGAUCCGGCCGUUAAUCGUCUUACUUUAGUCUAUAGUUCGGGGAAAAUGUUGCGCAUUUCCUUGCCCUUAAUAAAUGAAACUAAAUUUGUUACUCGCUGCAUCAAAGCUUUAAAACAAGUCCUCAAAAAAGAUCAAUACAUACAGCUUAUUACCAAAUGGUAUGGAGCACGAAAUCCGCCCGGAUCACGAGAUUAUUCUAUCGAACAAGAAUGGGAAAUAUUUUGUAAUGUUUUAUUAGAUCUAAUGGGAUUUUCAGCUGUUAUGCAUGAUUAUAGCAGUAACACUGCUACAUCGUUUAGUGCUGAGGAGCCAAAGAAAAGAAAGAAAAAUGAUGAAAUACAUUCGGGUACCGAAGAAGAUUGGCAAUUUAUGUUGUCCAUUCUAGAAGGUUCAGAUAAUAAGCCACCAAAAGAAAAUAAUUCACAAUGUACAAAUAUUGAUACUACGGCUUGUUUAUUCAAUACCAUACCGGCUAUAUUUUAUAGUUUUCAUUUACUCUAUGAGGAUUUUAAAUUGGACGAUACUAUGCAUGCACAUUUGUUGCCAUUAGCCAAGUUUCUGCAUCAAUUAGCCUACGAUAUGCAAUUACAAUCGUAUACAUUUCAUUAUGCUAUGGAUUUUCCUUUGCUGGUGAAAAAUUGUUCCAAAACUUGUAUUUUAACCGAGCAACAUGGUUCUCAAAUGUCCUAUAAGGAACUUUUACAGGUGCAAGCUCCUAGUGUUUUUAACCAACUGGAAUUUAUAAUACGAAAUAAAGACACUUUGCCCUAUAAUUAUGUGGAAGGUAUAAAUGAUUUAAGUCGCAAUGUUUUACAGGUGGUCUCACUUGUUAUGCAUGGCACUAAUAAAAUCAAACAUUGGAUAAAACCGUUUGAAUUUACCGAUUCUGUACAAUCAUUUUUUGCUAAAAAACCCAAAAGAUUUAUAUCAACUAAUGUCUCCCGAUCCGAACAGGUUAUACAAAUGUUAAUCAAUAUGAAAAUGACACGUAAAGAUAUAGAACAUUUACCGGUAGCUGUACACUUAAUAAUAUCCGAAUGUUUGGAAUACUCUAGAUUAGAACCACCUAUAGGUUGCUCACCUGCUACAUAUGAAUUAAUUUUGCGCUCUGAUUUAGUUGCUCAUGCUAAAUUACAUAAUUGUGAUUUUGCAACACUAAAUAAAAGUUCAAAUUAUUUGCAAAACAUGAAUAUAGACACAGAAGAUUCAUUAUCUGCUCGCUGUCCACCUUCUAAAAGUGGUAUAUCCCAGAUGGAAGGUGCUUUAGAUGAUGGCAUGGAUAAUAUAGAUACCAAACUUUUAAGUCUACGUUAUCCUGAUGAUAUGCGCAUAACAGAAGUUCGUAGACUGUUAACAUCAUCAGAGCCCGUAAUUAUAGAUAUUACCCAAUCGCCCGGCACUUCUGAUCAUGAAUUUAUUGAAGAGCAAGAAAAACAAUUAUUUACCUUGUGUACUCGAACCAUGACUUUGCCUUUGGGUAGGGGUAUGUUUACUUUAAGAACUUCCAUACCUACACCAACCGAAUCCAUGCCCAUACCAAAACUAUGUCUAACCGGCAAGGAACCCAUUAAAGGAGCCACUGUUGAAAUGCAACAAAUUGAAUUUCCCGCCAAUAUGAGUUUAUGGCCAACAUUUCAUAAUGGUGUAGCAGCUGGCCUGAAAAUAUCACCAAAUGCGCGUGAUGUAGACUCCACCUGGAUUGUUUACAAUAAGCCAAAAGGACAAGCCGAGAUAUCUACAGAACAUGCAGGAUUUUUAAUGGCUCUCGGCUUGAAUAAUCAUUUGAAGACUUUAUCUUUCAUGAGUAUUUACGAAUACUUAGUAAAGUGUGAUGAAAUGACCAGUGUGGGUUUGCUCUUGGGAAUAUCAGCCACUCAUAGAGGUACUAUGAAUAACACUACCACUAAACUCUUAAGUGUACACAUUGAGGCUUUAUUACCAGCCACCGCCUUGGAAUUAGAUAUUCCCCAAAAUAUACAGGUGGCUUCUUUAAUGGGCAUUGGUCUAUUGUACCAAGGUACCGCGAAAAGGCAUAUAGCCGAGGUUUUAUUGCAAGAAGUGGGACGACCUCCCGGACCCGAAAUGGAAAAUUGUGUUGAGAGAGAAUCGUAUGCCUUAACAGCUGGUCUGGCUUUAGGUUUAGUAACUCUAGGACAGGGUGAAUCUCCGGCAGGCUUAAGAGAUCUACAAUUACCCGAUACUUUGCACUAUUAUAUGGUGGGCGGCAAUAAACGUUUGCUAACUGGUUCUCAAAAAGAAAAAUAUAAACUACCCUCAUUCCAAGUACGCGAAGGUGAUCAGGUUAAUAUUGAUGUUACAGCUCCCGGAGCUACUCUGGCACUUGGUCUUAUGUUUUAUAAUACCGAUAAUAAAGCUGUUGCUGAAUGGAUGAAUCCACCAAAUACACGUUAUUUGUUAGAUCUUGUACGGCCCGAUUUAUUAUUACUACGCACAAUUGCUCAUGGUUUAAUAAUGUGGAGUGAUGUUCAGCCGGAUGAAGAAUGGCUGCACAAUCAAUUCCCUGUAAAUUUAAGAUUUGAUGUAGAAAAGGGAGCACAAGUUAAUGAAAAUGAGGAUAUCGAUCAUGAAGCCAUAACGCAAGCUUAUUGUAAUAUUAUUGCGGGUGCAGCUUUUUGUAUUGGUUUAAAAUAUGCUGGUACCGAAAAUCCCGUGGCCUUCAAAACCCUUAGAAGAGAAAAAUUGUUUUUGGGAUUUUCUGGAAAAUAUGUGGGCGAAUUUGCUGGACGCACAACUAUAGAGAACAGUCUUAUGGUUAUUCUACUAGCCAUAUCAUUGGUGUUUGCCGGAUCGGGUGAUUUAGAAAUACUCCGCAUUAUACGCUAUUUACGUUCCAGAAUUGGUACACAACAUCCUCAUGUAACUUAUGGUUCUCAUAUGGCAAUACACAUGGCUUUAGGAUUUCUAUUUUUGGGUGCCGGUCGUUUUACCAUAGCCAAAACUCCGGAAGCAGUGGCAGCUUUAGUAUGUGCUCUUUUUCCAAAGUUCCCAACACACAGUAAUGAUAACAGAUAUCAUCUACAAGCUUUCCGGCAUCUUUAUGUUUUGGCUGUAGAACCUCGUCUGUUUUUGCCCCGUGAUAUAGACACACGGAAAUUAUGUUUAUGUAAUAUAUCAGUAUUGGAAAUUGGCUCUAAGGAGUUGAGACGUUUACCUAUGGCUCCCUGUAUGUUGCCUGAAUUAAAUACUUUACAGAAAGUUGUAGUAGAUGAUCCCAACUAUUGGCCAGUAUCUUUUGAAAAGGAUCGUAAUUGGAAUCAAUUAGUUAAAGCUUUGGAAAAUUCAGCUUGUAUAGAGAUUAAGAAACGUUCGGGCUGUUUAUCGCAUCUAGAGGAUCCCGAUCGCCUGAAAAGUCUAUUCUCACAAACUUUAACGACAGAACAAAGCGUUUGCUGGGAAAUAGAUCCCAAAACAUUGGAACGAUUUUCAAAUGAGCCAUAUGUUAUAGGAUUUACAGAUCGCUUGUUGCAUUUGGAUGAAACAGAAACCUCAUCCGGAGAAUUAGCUUUAAAACAGCAUUUAACAAUGUUAUUUUACAAUGCAGUUGUAAAGGACAAAAUGCAUGUUUUACCCAUUUACUUGGCCACUUAUAAUCAUGUUUUACACUUGAAAACGCAACAACUAAAUUUCAAUGAUAUUUGGCAAUUGAAAUUGAUGAGCUCCUAUUUGCUGCAUUACACUCAUAUACUUUUCUCUAAAGAGCUGAUAUUGGCCUAUAUUGAACAAUUUCAAACAUUCAUCGAUAACUGUCGUCAACAGUUGUCUUUACCCUUAAGACAGUUUAUAGGUUCACGUGACUUUGAACCACAUAUUAUAGCUAAUCUUUCAAGCCAAGAUGUUGCGCGUUUGGUAGCUGUCAUAAUUUUCUAUCAACUUACACCAAAUUUAAUGAAUUUAAUUGUUCAGCCUCCAGUUAAUUAUAUUGGUUAUAUAAAAGAAUUUCAAAAACUUCAAUUGGAUGCAUCAACUACACAAUGUUUAUUAAAAGUGUUGCAAGCAACAAGUGCCUAAAAGGUUACUUUCAGCUAAAAAUAAAA